AUAACAGAUAAUAAUUGUUGUCAUUCACUUGUGCAUUCGGUGCGGUGAAUAAGCACAACAGUAUAUAUAUUGAAAUGAGUAAUAAAAAUAAAGUUAAAAAAGAAAACAUUAGACAAGAUGUGAAAAUUCAACAAAGGAAAAGGGGUUAUAGUGCUGCAUUAAUAAUUUUACCAAUAAUUUUCGGGGUAUUAGCGGCGGUAUGUUAUUCUGAAUAUUUAGAACUAUCAUCGGUUCCCGAUAUGCCCCGAAUGGAUUUGGAUGCUUGGUGGGGUCCAAACGACACAAGGGACAAACAAGAUACGUCUAUAAGGCCUUAUAGGGUUGUGUUCUCUGAUGGGUUACUACAAGACCUUCAACAAAGACACGAGAGGUACAGAGCAGAAACCAAAGGAAAGAAAAGCCUUACAGGUGUGGCCUGGACCUACGGCGUACAUUCCGACAGUUUGUCAAAAUUGUUCGACCACUGGCUUUUCAAAUACAAAUAUGCUGAAAGAGUGAAGUUCCUGAACCAAUAUGACCAUUUCUUGACGAAUAUACAGGGGUUGGAUGUUCAUUUUCUACAUGUGAAGCCGAAAGUUCAGAAAGAUAUUAAGGUGGUACCAUUGCUCCUUCUUCAUGGUUGGCCGGGGUCAGUAAGGGAGUUCUACGAAGCCCUACCGUUACUGACUAAUCCAAGGUCAGGAUAUGACUUCGUGUUUGAAGUGAUCGCUCCCAGUUUACCUGGAUUUGCGUUUUCGCAGGCAUCAGUCAGACCUGGUUUGGGAGUGCCCCAAAUAGCAGUUAUAAUGAGAAAUUUGAUGAAACGCCUGGGAUUCCCUCAAUACGUCGUUCAAGGCGGAGACAUUGGCCAUGCUAUUGGAUCAAAUAUGGCCACUCUGUUCCCAAAUGAGGUCUUAGGCUUCCAUAGUAACAUGCUGAUAAAUAUACAAAAGAAAACUGUUCUGACAUGGGCUUUGGGCGCUAUUUGGCCAACAUUCGUGGAACCUAAUUACACUGAUCGCUUGUAUCCUUUGAAGAACCAUACGGAGUUCUUCUUAGAACAAACUGGGUAUAGCCAUCUGCAGUCUACGAAGCCUGAUACUAUAGGUAUUGCCCUACAAGAUUCUCCAGUAGGUCUAGCGACCUACAUUCUAGACAGGUUCAUGAUCUUCACAGACCGUAACAACAAAUAUGAUGAUGAUGGUGGACUCACCAACUAUUACAAUAUGACUGAUCUUCUUGACAAUAUCAUGCUGUAUUGGGCGACCAACUGUAUAACCACAUCUAUGAGGGUGUACAAGGAAAGUGUCGUCACUUUAGAACUUGAAGGGAAAUUGGCUAAAAUACCAACACCGGUACCAACUUGGGGUCUGCGUUUGAAAAACGAACUGUUUUUCCAGCCAGAGUUCACCCUUAGAUGGAAGUAUCCCAACCUCCUUGGCACCACCACUCUGGAUCACGGCGGCCAUUUUGCCGCAUUUGAACUGCCGGAAGAGUUUACUGAUGAUGUAUUUAAGGCUGUCAACAGAUUUUUGGAGUAUAGACAGAGGAAUUUUGUGGAAUAAAUGUUUUUGCUUUGUA